CACAGAGUAUCCGGGACAGAAGGGGCGGGGUGGGGGGCGAGUGAGCCUGCGGGAAAGGCGCCUGCCGCUGCUGUUUCCUCCCUUUUACACUAAUUUCCCUGGAAGCCAAAGAACCAGCAGGAGCUUCCCGCGAUGAAGACGGUAGUGAAAUACCUAUUAGGCCUUCUUGCCCUUGCAGUUAUCAUUACAGCCAUAGUUGUUCCAGUAGUUUUGUUGACAAGGGAAGCAGAUUCUUCUGAUUCCCGCAAAAAAUUUUCUUUGCAGGACUAUUUGAGUGAUGAUUUUCAGUACAAAUCAUAUCAACUGCAGUGGGUGUCAGGUUAUGAGUAUGUCCACACAAAUCAGAACAACGUUUUUCUCUACAAUGUGGAUGAUGGAACAGAGUCUAUAAUCUUCUCAAAUAGCACAUUAGCCAGUUACAAUAGUUCUGAGGCAAUAUUGUCACCUGACAAGAAAUUUGCUCUUCUGCGACACGAUUAUGAGAAGGUGUGGAGGCACUCAUAUACUGCAUCAUACCAUAUCUAUGAUCUAGAUAAAAGAACCUUAAUAACUGAGAAUCCACUUCACAAGUCUAUCCAGUAUAUAUCCUGGUCACCUGUUGGACACAAACUGGCUUAUGUUUGGCAUAACAAUGUUUAUGUGAAAACAACACCAAAUGCCGAACCUGUUGCAAUCACUAAGAAUGGAGCUGAAAACAAAAUUUCAAAUGGAUUGGCAGACUGGGUGUAUGAAGAGGAAAUGUUUGGCACCCAUUCUGCUCUGUGGUGGUCUCCAAAUGGCAGUUUUUUGGCGUAUGCAGAGAUUAAUGACACGGACGUUCCUGUUAUUGAGUAUUCAUUUUAUUCAGAAGAUACACUGCAAUAUCCAAAGACCAUUAAAAUCUCAUAUCCUAAGGCAGGUACUAUAAAUCCAACAAUAAGACUGUUUGUUGUGGAUAUUCCAUCUCUUCCCAAAAUCAGUAUCUCUGAAAUUGCUGCACCACCUAGUAUAAUAUCAGGGGAUCACUACUUGAGUGUUGUAACAUGGGUGACAGAUGAAAGAAUUUGUCUGCAGUGGCUUAGAAGGAUUCAAAACUUUUCUAUGCUCACCAUCUGUGACUAUUCUAGUGGUGUAUGGCAGUGCCCUAAGGAAAGGCAGCAUCCUGAAGAGAGUAAAACAGGUUGGGUUGGCAGAUUUCAGCCAUCUGAACCUUACUUUGCUUCUGACAAAAUUAGCUACUACAAAAUUAUCAGUGAUUCAGAGGGAUAUGAACAUAUUCACUACACUGAUAGCACAGGACAAAUGAAACCUAUUACAAGUGGAAAAUGGGAAGUAAUCAGUAUAGCUGCUGUAACAAAUAACAGUCUAUACUUUAUUAGUAAUGAAUUUGAAAGUAGACCAGGAGGAAGACAUCUUUAUAAAGUGGACUUAAAAAAUGGCUUGAAAAAAACAUGUAUCACUUGUGAUCCAAAGGAAGAAGGAUGUCAGUAUUUCUCUGUAUCCUUCAGCACAGAUGGACGGUACUAUAAACUGAAUUGUUACGGUCCUGGGCUGCCCUACUUCACCUUGCAAAACGGCACUACAGACAAAGCUAUUAAGACCCUAGAAGACAAUAAAGAUUUGAAAAAUGUAUUAAAAGAUAUUCAGAUGCCCAAGAAAAUACUGAAAAACAUUACUCUGCAUGGACAAACAUUCUGGUAUCAGAUGAUCUUGCCUCCUAAUUUUGAUGAGUCGAAAAAGUAUCCCUUGCUCAUUGAUGUGUAUGCAGGGCCUUGUAGUCAGAAAGCAGAUGCUGCCUUCCGGAUCAAUUGGGCCACGUAUCUGGCAAGCUCAGAAGGAAUUAUAGUGGCUAGCUUCGAUGGUAGGGGAAGCGGCUUUCAAGGAGAUAAAAUUUUGCAUGCAAUAUACCGAAGACUGGGAACCUAUGAAGUUGAAGAUCAGAUCUCAGCAGCUAAGCUAUUUUCUGAAAUGAGCUUUGUUGAUAAGGACAGAAUAGCUAUUUGGGGCUGGUCCUAUGGGGGUUAUGUAACUUCCAUGGCCCUUGGAGCUGGCAGUGAUGUGUUCAAGUGUGGAAUAGCUGUGGCACCUGUCUCACGCUGGCAAUAUUAUGAUUCUAUAUAUACUGAACGCUACAUGGGUUUGCCUGAAAAAAACGAUAACCUGGAUAACUAUGAGAACUCCACAGUUAUGGCCAGAGCAAAAAACUUUCGAAAAGUUGACUAUCUCCUGAUCCACGGAACAGCAGAUGAUAAUGUUCAUUUUCAGCAAGCAGCCCAGAUUUCAAAAGCUCUGGUUGAGGCGCAGGUGGAUUUCCAAGCAAUGUGGUAUACAGAUAAAGAUCAUGGAAUUGGAGGACAUGCCCACAGCCAUAUUUACCACCACAUGAGUCAUUUUAUCAAACAGUGUUUUGCAUUGUCAUAAUGUUGGGAACACCUUAUCUGUCUGAAACUGGUCAGCAUUUGAAGUUUUAAGAGCACCCUUCUAGUAAAUUGACCCCUAUUUCAUUGGAUGACAAAGUUAAUUUGUGUGGACACUUGAAUGAAGGAAGCAUGUAUUUUUCUUUCUGCAAUUCCCUGCAGUGAUCCACUGAGCACAAACCAAAGAACUGCAGAGCUCUACCAUUCCUGUAGAAGCUGCUCCAGUCUUCUUACUCAAGGACUAUUUUACAUUUCAGUGUUUUAAAAAUGCAAGUCUUCUUGCAGUAUGCAACCAUUGCCCUGGGUGCAGAAAUCUCUCCCUUACACUUUUCUAUAUGGAACUGUUGUUCUUUUGAAACAAGGUUUAAUUCAGGUUCACAUACUGUUCAUUACAAGUUAGGAAAAAAAUACUUGAAUUUCUAUUUGAGUUCUCUACCUAUUAAUUUUAGCCUAAAACUUAACAUUUCAAUAGAUAUGGCUCAGUUUUAGAUGGUCUUUCUUUAUCUAAAGUUGUGUGGCAGCCCUCCAAAAAUGUAUGGCUUUCUGCCGAAAUCAGCAGUAGCUGAUAUAAGGUGAAUCAAGGUGUGAUGCAAGAGACUUCUUGCUUACACAGGGAGGAAAAACAACUCCGUCCUGGAAGUUUCUAACUUCUUAAACAUCAAGGUUGCAGUUUUAUAGGAAUAUGCCUCCAAAUAGGUGGAAUAAGAGAGGAGAGGCAGGAACAAUAAAAAUGGUUUUUCCAUCUUGAGUGUACGGGGGGGGGAAAUUCCAGAAGUUGUAAAACAAAUUUUAGUACCUGCAAUUCAGACUACUUCCAGAAUAUGUUCAUUUGAUAAUAACCUAAAAAUGAAAAUACCAGCUCUUUGGAUUGUUCCAGUUGGGCAGGGCGGGGCGGGGGGGCAGGGGCAGCUCUCCAGGGACUUGGAUGAAUCUGUUCCAGUGAAUAAUGCCAGGCUUAGAUCGCGAGAACGGCAGGAGACUUGGAGAACAAGCAACAGGUGUUUAGUUUGAGCAUCAAGCUCUGAGCAGAGUGGAAAUGUGAAUGUCUACAUCUGGGCACCUAAUAAUGAAGGGAUUUUGUUAAGGCUGUUUGUGCCAGCCACCAGCCAGUUUUCUCCCUGCUGCUUUCUAUAUGCUCGCUGUACUGGAUGAGCUCACCCGUUUCCUGUCUCCAACAUGCAUCCAGUACAGUGGAGACUGCUUGCCAUGCCUUACUAGCCCAAACACAGGCAGCAUUUCCAGUGAUGCUGCCUGCAAUGGGGAUGCAGACUGGGUGAGAAUGGCUCAUGAAUCAGUCGCUAAUCUGCCUGAAAUGCACAUUCUCAGGCAAUCGCUAGGACAGGUCAGUGGCUUCCACAGAACUGGGAAUGAGGAGCAAGGUUAGAUUCCACAGGGUGAGAACUAGCACAGGAAUUGGAAACAGGCUGCCAACUUUUUUAGCCAUCAGACAUUUAAUGCAAAACUUUAGUCUAUGUAUUACAUCAUAGCUCAUUUGGAUUAAUAACAUUACAUUUUAGUUCUAGGGUGCGUGUUUGGUUCUCUGUAUGAUGUAAUUGUAUGUACCCAUCAUACAUAGGAACCACGAAAACAGCAAUAAAAAAAUACAGCUCCUCUGCUAUUGGGAGUAAUAUAAUUUAUGAGAAUGAGAUGCAAAACAUGGUUUCCAACCUUUUCUAUGCAUGAAAUUCAUAUUGGAUGACUGUAAUUUGUUAGGACAAUCCUCCAAAAGUUCACUAUGGUCACAAAAAAGUCUGGAUUGUUAAAAUAUGUUGCCUUGCAAAUGCUGCUAUCUUUACUGUAAUGCAAUAAAAUCAUUUUGUGCUGCCAGAGACUA